AUGGACCAAAGAUACAUCCAAGAAAGCAAGGAAGGUGGUGAACAAGGAGAAAGCAAGCUCUAUCACCGACCUUGCUCAGUAUUUCCUGAUGAUAUCUUGAGGCUUAUAUUUUCAAGACUUGAUUGGGUCGACAGAAUCCAUAUGCGUACGGUUUGCAAGGAUUGGCGACGACUCAUGAACGAAAUUCCUUAUCAACUUCAGGGUAAGCUGCCAUGGUUAUUGACUUAUGGUACUCGUGAAAUGGAAUAUCUUUCUCUUUGCAAACUCACAGACCCAGUUUCUAGAAAAACUUACAGUGUUAAAGUCUCUAAUAAGCGAAGAAAACGUUUUCUUUAUGCAAUCUCUUGCGCUUCAAAAUUCGGUUGGGUGCUUUUCUCUCGACGAGUCCCUAAUCAUGGUUGUAGAAGGCAUAGCCUCUGGUGGUUUUCUGCGUAUUGUCCUUUUAAUAACAAAAUCAUCAAGCUACCUAGGUGGUAUGGUGAUUCUCAUGAUGGAGCAACGUUUUCCAUUGAUCCAACAUCCCCAGAUUGUAUUUUCUUCAUAUUCAAGAUUAAAGACGAUCGAUCGAUGAAAGCCCUCAUUAGUAUAUGUCGCAUUGGUGACAAGAAGUGGAGGAAGUUGAAAUUUCCUGUUCCUGGAGAAUUUAAAAAUGCUAUUUAUCCAUGGCAAAACUGGGAAGUCGCAUACGUAAAUGGGGGGUUCUAUACAGUUUCAGCAACUGGCCUAGUAGGUGUGUUUGAUGUCAAGCUCCAGGAAUGGAAAUUGCUAACAAGCAGCAGCCAAUUUGGAAAUGCUCACAGAUGUUACCCUAUUGUUUCCCAGGAACAACUAUUCAUGGUAGGCAAUGUCCAGUUAGAUUCUAGUUGGAUGGUGUGGAGGUUUGAUACGGUGCAAAAGCAAUGGGUGGAGGAAGAGAAAUGCAAUUGGAAAAAUCGAGUGAUAUUUCUUGGAUGCACAACAUUCAUUGCUGAAGCAGUGGGAGAAUUGAGCACACAUGCUAGCAUUUACAAAUGUUAUAUACCAAAUUACUCUUCUUCCUUGAGCUCUGAGUUCUAUUUCAACCAUAGUCUUUAUGGGAAGGUCAUAUCAAAACCCAUUUUUGGGAGAACUUGGAUUCAGCCUCCUAUGUUUUUGGAUCACAAAAAGGAUAAUACUAGUGCAAGUAGUAUAGAGGACUAA